AUUCCCGGAAGUGACGAGACAUGUAAACAGAAUCUUCUUUUUGACAGAUGAAUAACCCGUGAAGUGGUCCGAAGAAAUACUAAAUUAUCUAAAAUAAAAUGUACAUUUAAAGAAACAUUCCCCAGGGGCAUGAGAUAAACGUUUGUGUUAAGAUAACAACGCGCGUGUCAUUAACUGUGUCGGAGCCAGAUUAUACAGGAUAAACAGUCCUGGAAUGUUCACAGACAUGGACUAUGAGUUGGAGGAGGACAAACUGUAAGGGGAUCCCUACAGUCCCUGGGACUUUAUCCCUAAAGAAGGAUGCUCAGAACCUGAUAGGGAUCAGCAUCGGGGGAGGGGCGCAGUACUGUCCCUGUCUUUACAUUGUACAGGUCUUUGACAACACCCCUGCUGCUCUGGAGGGGACUCUGGCGGCUGGCGACGAGAUCACAGGAGUGAACGGCAAACCUGUGAAGGGCAAGACAAAGGUGGAGGUGGCAAAGAUGAUUCAGGCUGUCCAGGGAGAAGCAACAAUCCACUACAACAAGCUGCAGGCUGACCCCAAACAGGGGAAGUCACUGGACAUAGUGCUGAAGAAGGUGAAGCACCGCCUGGUGGAGAACAUGAGCUCUGGUACAGCCGACGCUCUGGGGCUCAGCAGAGCCAUACUCUGCAAUGAUGGGCUGGUGAAGAGACUGGAGGAGUUGGAGAAAACAGCAGAGCUGUACAAAGGCCUGAUGGAGCACACGAAGAGACUGCUCAGAGCCUUCUUUGAACUCUCUCAGACACACAGAGCGUUUGGGGAUGUGUUCUCUGUGAUCGGGGUACGGGAGCCUCAGGCUGCAGCCAGUGAGGCCUUUGUGAAGUUUGCUGAGGCCCAUCGCAACAUGGAGAAGUACGGUAUCCAGCUGCUAAAGACCAUCAAGCCAAUGCUCCAUGACCUGAACACCUACCUUCAUAAGGCAAUACCAGACACCAAGCUCACCAUCCGCAAAUACCUGGACGUCAAAUUUGAGUACUUGUCUUACUGUCUGAAAGUGAAGGAGAUGGACGAUGAAGAGUACAGCUGCAUUGCGAUGGGAGAGCCUAUGUAUCGCGUCGGCACCGGGAACUACGAGUACCGGCUUGUGCUGCGGUGUCGACAGGAGGCCCGUGCUCGGUUCGCCAAGAUGAGAAAGGAUGUGCUGGAGAAGAUUGAGCUACUGGACCAGAAACAUGUCCAGGACAUCGUGUUCCAGCUGCAGCGUUUUGUGUCAGGCAUGUCGCGCUACUACGACGAGUGCUACGCCGUGCUGAAGGAGGCUGACGUCUUCCCCAUCGAGGUGGACCUCUCCCGCACAAUGAUCAACUACGGCAGCCAGUCACGCUCCUUCACCGAAGAAGAGGAAGAGGAGGAGGAGGGAGGAGGAAGUGAAGAACAGGAUGGGGGUGCUGGCAAGCAGGCUGAGAACGGUGCUGAAAAACUGAUUGAUGAUUAUUGAGAGUUUAUAUGAUUGUUUUCUGUAGCAAAAUUCCACCUAUGUCUAUCAACUGCCACUCACUUUGCAUUUAUUUAGCAAUGAUUAGUUAAAUAUGUGGAAAUGGUCAGCAAAGUCUUCACACUGGAAAAUACUACUGUGAAUUUCUGCUAUUCAACUGUACUGGAACUAACUAUUGCAACCUACUGUAACCAAUACCAUUUCCACAACUGACAGCCAUCACUGUAACCAACUUUGUGGGGCUUGAAUCGAUUUCUCAACGGCUGGCCACAGACCAAAAUAGGACUCAUUUUCCAUUGACACAAGCCCUGAUGUUACAAGUUUAACAGUUCCACUCAAUAUUUUGAAUUCUAUCUGCACUAAACCACAUGACAUUUGAAUGGGGUAGCUGAACAUAGUAGUGAGGUACAAAUCACUUGUAAAGGAUGAGUGUGUAAUGGCAAGGUUUGGCACAAACAGCAUUUUAAACUGUAUGAAGGAACCUCGGUCAAAUUAAAUUUUAUAAUUCCA